CGUUUUCUUCUUUUUGGCGGUUUUCCUUACCUGCCUCUCUCUCUCUCUCUUCUCUCUCUCCUCUUCCCUUCGUAACUUUCAAACCCAACCAGCAUUGAAUGAAUUGAUUUCGUUUUUAUCGCAACUCAUUAACGCCAUAAUUCAUCUCAAUUUCCUCUAUUUUAAUGGAAAAAGGCAUCCGUUAAGUCUCUUUCUGCUCCAAUUUUCAGCUGCAAUUUUGCGGAAUCGAGUUUUUUGGGGGUAUGGGAUUCGUCAGUAGUUUAUUGGGGUUUUUAGGCUUCGGAAUCGGAUUCCCAGCUGGUCUUCUGAUUGGAUUCUAUCUGUUCCUUUAUUCUGAAUCGGAAGAUGUUAAGGAUCCAGAAAUCAGACCACUUUGCGAGCUGGAUACGCCUGCAUUGGAAAAUCUCAUGCCUGAUAUUCCUCUGUGGGUGAAGAGUCCAGAUUAUGAUCGGGUAGACUGGUUAAACAAGUUUGUAUGCAAUAUGUGGCCUUUCCUGGACAAGGCAAUAUGCAGUGUAAUUAGAAGCACAGCUGAGCCGAUGUUUGCUGAGUACAUUGGGAAAUAUAAAAUAGAAUCCAUUGAGUUCAAGAAACUAAGCCUAGGAAAUCUCCCUGCAACAGUUCACGGCCUUAAAGUCUGUGAGACAAAUGAGAAGGAAUUAGUGAUGGAACCAGUACUUCGAUGGGCUGGCAAUCCAAACAUAAUCGUUUCUGUAACUAUUGCAUCUGUGAAAUUGAAAAUCCAGUUGGUGGAUUUGCAAGUAUCUGCUGCACCAAGAGUAACUUUGAAACCAUUAGUGCCGAGUGUCCCAUGCUUUGCAAAUAUAAUCGUCUCUCUGAUGGAACAGCCACAUAUAGACUUUGGAUUGAAUGUCUUGGGUGGGGACAUCAUGUCUAUUCCUGGCCUUUAUCGAUACAUUCAGGAGACUAUUAAAAAACAAGUUGCAAGUCUUUACUUAUGGCCUAAGUCUCUUGAAAUACCUGUUCUUGAUGCGUCGACGGUAGCAGUAAAGAAGCCUGUGGGAAUCCUACACGUGAAAGUUGUUCGUGCAACGAAGCUUCUAAAGAUGGAUUUACUAGGAUUGUCCGAUCCUUAUGUUAAGCUAAGCCUUAGCGGAGAUAAAUUUCCAGCAAAAAAAACUACCAUUAAGAAAAAGACCUUGAAUCCCGAGUGGGGCGAGGAAUUCAAACUCUCGGUGAAGGACCCUCAAUCCCAAAUGCUUUUUAUAAAUGUCUUCGACUGGGAUAAGGUUGGCUCACAUGACCGGCUGGGGACUCAAAUUUACCCUUUGAAGUUAUUAACACCGAAUGAGACGAAAGAAGUAAAGCUCGACCUGUUGAAAGAUACAGGAAUUACUGAUACACACAAGGUGAAGCCAAGAGGGCAAAUCUUACUCGAGCUAACAUAUGCUCCCUUCAGAGAAAAUGUCGAUAGUUUCAGCGGGUUAUUGAACGGCUUUGAUAGAACAGACAGCAUGUUCGACCGGGCAGCCAGCAACAUAAGCCAAACGGGAGCCGGCCUACUUCUAGUAACAGUUCAAGGCGCACACGAUGUUGAAGGGUCACGCCACAACAAUCCUUACGCGGUUGUCAUCUUUAGAGGCGAAAGGAAAAAAUCAAAGAUGAUGAGGAAAACUCGAAACCCCUUGUGGAACGAGGAGUUUCAAUUCAUGCUUGAAGAACCACCGGUGCACGAGAAGAUUCACAUACAAGUUAUGAGCAAGGGGUCGAGCCUCGCCUUCUAUUCAAAGGAAUCUCUGGGACAUGUUGACAUAAACUUAACCGAUGUGGUGCACAAUGGGCGUAUCAACGAGAAGUACCAUUUGAUCGAUUCGAAGAAUGGAAUUGUACAUGUGGAGUUACGAUGGAAAACUAUAUGAAGAACUUGGUGGUAAUAAGUGAUCCAUAUUCAAUCUCGAGGUGAGUAUGUAGAGUAUAAAAAAAAUCAAGAAAAUUUCCAAGACUUUAUAUUUUUCAUCGCCGAAAUAGGGAGGCAUAUCAAACUCGCAAGGCCGGCUCUGGGCUCAAGCGAGAGGGGCACCUGCCCAAAACCCAAUAUAAAUGAGAGGCCGUCAAAUAUUUAUGUUAUAUAUAUAUAUAGUUGUU